UAUUAUUACUGAACUAUAUAAGUUACUAAUGAAAUUUUCUCAUCAUUCGUCUCUCGAAAAAUGGGCAAACUCAUCAUAAGAUGUUCAGAGAAUUCCUUACCAACUGGGUUACCAGUCCUUCAAAAUGUGCAGGAAAUUGUGUGUGGCAGCGGUACCAGCUACCGAUGUUGUCCCCGAGGCUCACCCUCAAAUUCCCCUGCUCCGAUUGCCUAUAAAGUCGACCAAGCCACUACCUAUGUUGUCGCCGGAGGCUCACCCUCCAGUCCGCCCGCUGUACCACCUGUCUACCUCCCACCCCCCAGAGACCCACUGAAACCCUCACCUUCCCCUGUACCAACACUGCAACCGCUCCAAGCUCUACUUUUGCAGACUCUCCAGAAGAAGAAUGAACCUGAUAGGAUUAGUAGUGUGGAUGGUUCUUGCAGAAUGUGCUCUAAUUUUUGUCAUAGAAAGUUCUCUUAUGAUGAAUUAGCUAAAGCAACAAAGAAUUUUGCAGAUGAGGAGAAACUUGGCGAGGGAGGGUUUGGAGCAGUUUACAAAGGUUUUUUGAGGGAUUCCGGUACAAAUGUAGCUGUUAAGAGGGUAUCAAGGCGAUCAAAACAAGGAAUCAAGGAGUAUGAAUCAGAAGUGAAGAUUAUUAGUCGAUUGAGGCAUAAGAAUUUAGUGAAGCUUAUUGGUUGGUGCCAUGAAAAGGAACUUUUACUAGCUUAUGAGUUCAUGCCCAAUGGCAGCUUGGAUUCCCAUAUCUUCAAGGGAAGGAGCUUGUUACAGUGGAACCUUCGCUACAAAAUUGUGCAAGGCUUGGCAUCAGCUCUCUUGUAUCUUCAUGAAGAAGGUAGGCUGACCAUGAAAAAGGGUCACGAACAACUUUGUUGGCCGGGACCAUGGGUUACAUGGCUCCUGAGUGUCAUAGAACAGGCAAGGCAAGUGAGGAAUCAGAUAUCUGAUAUCUACAGUUUUGGAGUUGUAGCACUUGAAAUUGCAUGUGGAAGAAGAUCCAUAGAACCUCGAUAUGAAGAGGAUCGGGCCUCAUUGGUGGCUUGGGUGUGGCAAGCUUAUGGGAACCAAAGACUUCUUGAUGUGGUAGACGAUCAACUUUCUGAAGCUUUUGAUGUGAAAGAGAUAGAAUGUUUGUUGAUUACUGGCUUAUGGUGUGUGCAUCCUGUUCCUAGUAUGAGACCAUCAAUCAAGCAAGCAAUACAAGCGCUUAAUUUUGAGGCGACGCUACCAAAUCUUCCAAGAGAGAUGCCUAUUCCUAAGUAUGAUAUUGCUAAUACCCCAAUCAUCAUAACAAGUGAGCCAUGUUUAUCCAACAUAAGCAUUACUGUUCCUCGCUAAUUUUCGUACUAUGCUAGGAACAAAAUUGAUUUGCUAAUAAACUAGAGUGUUAUAGUUUGGAAUUAAAUAUAUUGUAUCUUCUCACUUUGAUUUUCGUAUGAUAAGCUAGUGCAUUUCCAAUGCCUAAUUGUCCUUCAUUACCAAUUCUUUUCUUAUAGAGGAGUUGUUUAUGCUCAUGUAUCACAUUAUUCUAUGAGGUUGAACAUCAUUCUUUAGUCAUUGGUUUGGCUGAAUCCAAACAGGGGACUCUGUCUCUCUUAAUAAAAAUAGUGUUCUUUU